AUGGCAGACUGUCGGAACGUACAGCUCCCUCCGUCCUUUCUCGUCUCCGUCUUUGAACUUCUCCUGGCUCCUCAUUUCACGGGUCAUUCAGACUUCGACAAGCCCACACCCAAGUAUGCCAUACGGAAUCUUCUGCACGUCUGCCAGAAUUGGCGCAAUGCAGCCACAGCGGCACCGCACCUCUGGAGGAACGUAUCGUUGUCCUGGUCGCCCGAGCUAAUCUCCGGCGUUGUCACAUGGUCUGGUGCAGAGGAUCUGGCGCUCUACUGCACUGAGCACCCUAGCCCAUCGCCUGAGAAUCCAAAGGUUGUCGCAUUACUCGAGGGAAUCCAUCGCAUUGACACCAAAUUUCUGACUCGUUGCGAUGACGCUGACGAUGGCGCGCUCGGGCGUACGCUCUCACUGAUGACCUCACUUCACACUCUUGACGUCCGUUCGCUCGUCCCAAGUCCUUUCCACCUACCGACGAUCCGUCGUCUGCGACACCUUCAUAUGAGGGGUUGCGGGGUACGCUUUGAUGAUCUAGCUUCAUGCCGGGUGACUCAUCUGACCAUCGAUCGCGAUUCUCGGCCAAACCCAGUCAUGACUCUUGAGGAUCUCCAUCGGCUUCCCAGUGCCUUGGCCGUGCUCAGGCUGAUCGCUUCCACCACCAUUUCCGCCGACGUUGACCCAGACAAUGCUGCCAACUGGAUCCCAGUGUUGGAAAUUUACCCCCAUCUUGAGCACAUAUACCUCGAAGGCGAUCUCCAGACGUGUUGUACCUUCUUCAGGAUCAUCGGCUAUAUGACGGUUGCGCAGCUCCACUUGCGCUGCCGCUCUCUUUCCCCGUCCGACGGCCCGCUAGACGCGGCCUCUCCAGACCAUAUCCUCGCUCUCAUUCACGGCAUCUCCGACAGAUUCUGGAAGCCGACACCACUCGUCCUCGACAAAUGCGAGUUAUCUAUUUGCCAGUAUCAAACAGCCAGCGGAUAUAAGUAUCAUGGGGCGCCCGUUGGUUCACGUCUGUGA